AACGCACAGUUGACACGAAAUGAAACUACGAAAUAUGUUUUUAAAUAAUAAAGCAAAGUACGUGACAUAAACCAACGCAAGAAGUUUAAAUGCAGUGAAAAAAUAUUGAUCAAUUUUUGGAUCAUUACAUUAUACAACUAUCUCUCUGUUCAAUUUACGAUUAAUAAAAGAAAUCAUUUUGAUUGCGUCUUACCCAUAACAGAUCGCUUUUAGUCUUGCUUGGGAUAUCGUUGCAGAGUUGUCUCCGAAGAGAAGUGCACAUAAAUUAAAUGAAUAUAUGCUAUUGCAUUUAUUCGUCUAAGAGAGGGAGAGAGAAAAAUAAUAUACAAGUGAAAAAAAUAUAACUCAAGAAAAAAAAAACGUACAAGUGUAGUUAAUUAAAUUUGACUAACUCUACGAAAGAAAAUAAUGUUAAUGUUAAUAGUAUUGUGGUGGUUAGGCGCAUUAUUUGUAAUUUGGAUAUCGUCUAUUUCGAUAAGCCGAUUAUUAUCAACUCUAUGGGAAACGAUAUUUCCUUUGAUCAACUCCACACCGAUCGAUUUUCGUACGAAAUUUGGGGAAUGGGCCGUGGUAACUGGUUCAACCGAUGGCAUUGGAAAAGCAUACGCUAAAGAAUUAGCAAUGAGGCACAUGAAUUUAAUUUUGAUAAGUAGAAGUUUAAAAAAAUUGGAAGAAACUAAGAGUGAAUUAUUGAACAUUAACCCUAACAUCGAAGUAAAAAUCAUAGAGGCAGAUUUUAGCAAAGGCAAAUCGAUCUUUAAAAAAAUCCGAGCUCAAUUAAACGAACCAAUUGGAAUACUAGUAAACAACGUGGGCAAAAUGUACAAGUAUCCUAUGUAUCUUGACGAAGUUCCGGAAGAUGAGUUAUGGGAACUGAUGACGAUAAAUGUCGGAGCCACCACAAUGAUGACACGAUUAAUUAUUGAACAAAUGAAACAACGUAGAAAAGGUGCUAUAAUAAAUAUAUCUUCUGGAUCGGAACAUCAACCGCUUCCAUUAAUGACUGUUUACGCUGCUACGAAAGCUUAUUUAAAAAGUUUUUCCGAUGCUAUCAGAAUGGAAUAUUCGCACUUUGGUAUUACGAUUCAACAUUUAGCACCACUCUUUAUCAAUACUAAAAUGAAUUCGUUCUCUCCUUCUCUUCAGGUCUCCAGCCUUUUUAUUCCUAAUGCAAUGACUUAUGCUAAGAAUGCAAUAGCAACGCUUGGUAAGGUGGACUCGAGUAGCGGAUAUUGGGCUCAUGGCAUUCAAACUUUUAUAGCUCUAACCGCACCCAUGUCGCUCAGAUUGAAGUUUGGUUAUUUAUUAAUUAAAAAAUUUCGAAAUGAUUAUUUUAAAUACAUCAAAGAUAAAUAGUGCGAGAUGAAUAAGUAAUAACAUAUUAUUUAGAAAAAAUAGUUUUACUACUGGUUGUUUUAUUAAAAUUGAAUUUUAAUCCCUAUGAUUAUAACUAAAUUAAGGAUCAUACUAAAUAUAUAUUUGUGUGUGUAUAUAUGUAAACAAAAAAAUAUUCUCCACGUUAUUUAACGCAUUCUAGUUUCUACGCCUCAGAAUAUCAGGGACAACGAGUAAAACACAUUAUUGGUAAAAGUAAAGAGAUAUCCUAUGUAAGACGUGCAUGACCGAAAUAAAACACUUUUGUAUAUGUUA